AUGAGUGAAGGCGAUCAUGUGUGGAGCACGGACAUGUUGGAAGUCAGCGAUAGAUGGGUAGGGGAGGUUGGCGACGGUCCGCUCGUUCCUCUCACCUACUGUGAUGAAAAUGACAUCCACAAGAAGCUCAAUCUAGGCCCGAACACGAUCAAUGUUCAUCAAGCUUUAAACAUCCUUGCCAGGUUCUGUGGAUUGUGCUGGUUGCUGAGUGAACAUCAGAAGGAGGCUGAUGGUCUGCCCCCAGCCGAAGAUGUUGAAAGAUGGGAGCUGCAUGGCUCGGACCUAGAUGAUCUGCCAGUUGAGCAGGAGAAGUCCUCGACCAAGCUUCCUCAUUCUUCCACGAGCAAGUCUUCUGUAAUGGGGUCUCGUUUGCUGGGAAUGUCCCUAUGGGAGUUGCUUCUUCAUCUGCCAGGAUCAAGCACUUCGUCAGCACGAACAGUAAGAAGAUCAGUUGCUUGUGCCGAUCUUGGGAUCAAACUGAGAGGACUGUACAUAUGUCUAGCAAUCACGACUCGUCUGCAAAGCCACGAAUAG